AUGGCGUCGCCGCCGCCGGGGCCCGGGCUUACUGACUAUGAGCGCCGCCGCGAGGAGAACAUCCGCCGCAACGAAGCCAUCCUCGCCGCCCUCCGCCGCAAGGCCGCCGAGCUCUCUGCCUCCUUCAGCCCCACCCUUUCCUCCCCAAAGCGCCCCAAGAAGCAGCAGCCCCGAGCGAGAACGGCCAGCCCCGUCGUCCUCCGCCGCUCCUUGCGCACCCGCGGCAUCCCCCCCGGCGAGUCCUCCGCUUGUGCUGACGCUAACACCUCCCGGGCAACGCCACCGUCCCCGACGAAGCCCCGCACCACACGCUUCUCAUCCUCCCUCGCCUCAGCCCUGCGAGACGCCACCGCCGCAGAGCCCUCGCCAUCGCUCGAUAGCGGGAUCUGCGCGGCUGACGGGUUCAACGCCAGUAGGGAGGUGGUGCUCCGGCCCGUGGACGUGAGGAAGGUGGUGCCGGGCCGGAUAUUGUCCGUGCGGAUCCUGCCGCUGUCCGACCGGACUGUGGUGGUCGCCGGGAACGUGCACGGGCAUGUUGGGUUCUGGGAUGUGGAUCGUCUCGUGGAGGAGGAUGAGGAUGGCGAUGGUGUAGACGGGGUGUUCGAGUAUUUUCCCCACAGGGGGUCUGUAGGGGGCAUUGUGAUGCACCCUGCCACGCCGCAGAAGAUUUACAGCUCUAGUUAUCAUGGUGAAAUUUGUUUCAUGGAUGUUGAGAAAGAGAACUUUAAUACCAUCCACUUGUGUGACUAUCCCAUUUUCUCGCUUUGUCAAGCACCAAAUAGUCCCAGCUCUCUAUAUUUUGCCGAGGGAAAUGAAUUAAAACUUUUUGAUGCAAGGACGGGUAAGGUACCAACUACAUGGAGUUUACAUGAUCAUAGAAUCAACUCAAUAGAUUUUCGUCCAGAGAACCCAUAUAUAUUUGCCACAAGCUCGACAGAUCGAACAGUUUGCAUAUGGGACAUGAGAAGGAUGAAAAAGAAGGGUCCUGAGAGCUUGAAAGUUUUGGAAUACAACAAAGCCAUUCAGUCAGCUUAUUUCUCACCCAGUGGCAAUAUGCUUGCAACAACCAGCCUUGAUGACACUGUCCGAAUUUUCAAUAUGGAUAACUUUGAUGACUCAUGUAUUCUUAAGCAUGAUAACAGGACAGGCAGAUGGCUAUCCACAUUCAAAGCAAUCUGGAGCUGGAAUGACAGCAAUCUAUUUGUUGGGAACAUGAAAAGAGCAAUAGAUGUUAUCUCAGUUGAUCGCAGUCAGAAGAGCCUCUCGGCUUCAUACAUGGCAUUUCUUGAGAGUGAACACAUGACAGCCAUCCCAUGCCGGUUUACGCUACACCCGUGCAAAGUUGGCCAUCUGGCUGGUGCAAGCUCUAGUGGUAAGGUGUUUCUCUGGACCAGAGCUUGA